AUGGUUGGAAAGCGAACACUCAACACCACCAAGACGCGUGCAGAGGACCGCUGGCGGAACCCCGAUCUGGAAUCGGGCCAUCAUGAGCAAAGACGGUUCGCCGGAUUCAAAGAUGCCGUGGAAUAUGCCCUCGAUCGCCGAACAACGGCCGUGUUGAAGGAACAAUUGCGGACUGGUGUCGACAGAAGAGAGUUUGAGAAGUACAGGAAAAGCGGGGAAGAGAUCAAGAAGAUCAAGAACAAGAAGAUUCGCAAAUUCUACGAGAAGCAGAAUGCCGUGCUGAACGACUGGGCUGAAGUCGACACCAUCGUGCUGGCCAUGGCGGACGAGGUCCUCGAGAGCAUGAAUACGGACGCUGAUCACGACGGGAUCCGCGAGAGAGAAGGCAGACUGCAACACGUGGAGGAGCACAUCGACGCGCUGUUGCCGGAAGACGUUCGAAGCGCCCGGGCAAAGGCCGACCGAAACGCCCGAUGGGCCGUCAACAUCAACGUCAUCGCGAAUAUCAUUCUCCUCGUGGCCAAGGGCAUAGCAGCGCUGAAGUCGUCGUCUCUGUCGCUCAUCGCCUCGCUACUCGAUUCUGCUUUGGAUCUCCUAUGCACCGUCAUCGUCUGGACGACCACCAGACUGGUGUCAUGGAGGCUUUCGGCUCUGGCGCGGAAGUUCCCCGUCGGUCGGCGGAGACUGGAGCCGAUCGGAAUUCUGGUCUUCUCCAUUAUCAUGGUCAUUUCGUUCAUCCAGAUCUUGCAGGAGUCUGUCGAGAAGCUGCUACCGAAUGGAGAUCACUCGAUAGCCACACUGCCAGCCCUGGCCAUUGCCUCCAUGGCCGGGACAGUCGGAAUCAAAGGCCUAAUCGGUCUGGGCUGCCUGAGGAUUAAAACCACCCAAGUGCAAGCCCUGGUGCAGGAUUGCAAAACAGACGUAUAUUUCAACACCCUCAGUUUGCUUUUUCCGCUGAUUGGGAAACACGCUGGCGUUUGGUGGCUGGAUCCCCUGGGUGCGGCCCUGCUGUCGCUGUACAUCAUUUACGAUUGGGCAGAUACGUGUCUGGAGAACGUCACGCGGUUGUGCGGCUUGGCCGUGGACGACUCACUGCAGAAGAAACUGAUCUUUCUCGCCUACCGCUUCAGCAGUGUCGUUUCGGGCUUCAAGUCCGUCACUGCGUACCAUGCCGGAGACGGCGUUUGGGCGGAAUUCGACAUCCUGUUGGAGGAAAAGACGCCCCUAAGACGCACGCACGACAUAGCCGAGACGUUGCAGUACUGCUGUGAGGCACUUACCGAAGUGGACAGGGCGUUUGUGACGACUGAUUAUUCCGUCCAAAACCCUGGAGGGCAUUCUCAAGAUCUCGUAUGA